CUUGAAUUUGAGUAUUCCAUCACAGAAAUCCAUACCUCAAAACCGAUGAGUUUUGUCCUUGCACGGGGGACAUUCGAUCAUAUAAGAUCUGCUACUGCGCUCUGAGAGAUUAUUGUACGGUGAACUGACUUUCGGACGGAAAAUUCCCCUACAAGUAGCCACGAUGGCAAGCUUUUUCGAUAUCAAGGCGCGAAAACAGGCAGCCGCAAAUGGUGCAACCACAGCAAAGCAAGAAAAGCAGAAUCCAGAGAACACAAGGACACAACCAUGGGUCGAAAAAUACCGUCCCAAAACACUGAAAGAUGUCACCGCCCAAGAUCACACCGUAACGGUGCUUCAGCGCACCCUACAAGCAUCCAACCUUCCACACAUGCUCUUCUACGGCCCUCCCGGCACGGGUAAGACCUCGACCGUCCUCGCGCUGGCCAAGGAGCUCUUCGGCCCAGAACUCAUGAAGUCCCGCGUGCUGGAGCUCAACGCCUCGGACGAACGUGGCAUUUCCAUCGUGCGAGAAAAGGUCAAAGACUUUGCCCGCAUGCAGCUCACAAACCCUCCUCCCGGCUACAAAUCAAAGUACCCAUGCCCGCCCUUCAAGAUCAUCAUCCUCGACGAGGCCGACUCCAUGACCCAGGAUGCGCAGAGCGCCCUGCGUAGGACUAUGGAGACGUACAGCAAGAUCACGCGGUUCUGUCUGAUCUGCAACUAUGUCACUCGCAUCAUCGACCCCUUGGCGUCCAGGUGCAGCAAAUUUCGCUUCAAGAGCCUGGACCAGGAGAAUGCUAGGAGUAGGCUGGAGGACAUUGCCGCCAAGGAAGGGGUUGCUUUGGAGCAGGGGGCUGUUGAUGCGUUGAUAAAAUGCAGUGAGGGUGAUUUGAGAAAAGCAAUCACUUUCCUGCAAAGUGCGGCCAGGCUGGUUGGUGCUGUGGGUGCUGCCCCUGCAGGACAAGAAGACAAGAUGGACGUCGACUCGAGGCCAGUGACCGUGAGGAUCAUUGAGGAUAUUGCUGGCGUCAUUCCCGGCAAGACCAUUGAUGCGCUAGUUGAGGCCAUUCGCCCAAGGGGCGCCGCUUUGACCUACCAAGCUGUCUCCAAGGUUGUUGAGGAUAUGGUUGCGGAUGGCUGGAGCGCCACGCAGGUUGUUGGUCAGCUCUACCAAGCUAUUGUGUACGACGAGGGAAUCCCAAACAUCCAAAAGAACGAGAUCGUCAUGGUUUUCUCAGAAGUCGACAAACGUUUGGUGGAUGGUUCCGAUGAGCACCUCUCCAUACUAGAUUUGUGCUUGAGGAUAUCAGUCAUAAUGUCUGGAAGGAAACAAUAAGCUUGGUCGUUUAUGCAUGAUAUUUUGAGCCAACUAAUCUUUUACCCUGGCACCUGGCGUGUGGCGUUUGACGGUAUGGCACAAGAAAUAAAUUUCGCUUGUUGUUCCCCUUUUUGUUCCAUUUGAUCCCACGUGAUGAUUGAACAUCAACCAGCAGCCUCGUCCCCAAUAAGACCGAGGUCGCCAUCCAGCAUUGACCAUAGAUCCACCUGUUGGUGGUCUCUCGUCCUAGCUUGUCGUGGGCUCGUUUUCCCCUGCUGAAGCCAGAGGUCCGAAUCACCACCUGCCUCCUCAUCCCCAUCAGCAGCUUGCUGGCGUCCCAAAAGUCGAUCCACCUCGUCCAAGUGUUGCAUUGAGGCACCCAGUGCGAUUUCUCCCUCUUCCGUCUUUUCUACGACCGUCUCGAGCGUCGCCAGUUUGGCCGCCUCUGCCGCAAAGACCCAGGUCUUGGCACGACUGGAGACGUUGGGUUUUUCGAACCCAGAAAGAGCCCCGUCGCCCAUCAGACCCUGUUGGCGGCGAGCUUGGCCUGUCAUGGGGUACUUGGGCAGAAGUUGACUCUCCUCGGCCAAGUGGUCGAGGAUCUGGCAGGUCUCCUUUGUUUGCUUGGCCAAGAUUGUGUUUAAAUGAGAUUUCUGUAAUAUAAGCCCCUUUUGCUCGUGAGACACUGCUAGAAGAUUUUCGAGGUACGGCGUAAGUAGACUUGUCGCUGCAGCCGGUCUAGGCGGGCCAAGUUUCAUCGUUGAAUUAGUAUUUGCGGUGCCAGGUUUGGGCGGUUCCAUCACUGGUUGACGGGUCGAUGAAGCGGCCUUCAACAAUGACUUGCGCGCCGUGACGUAUUCGCGAUAUUUUUCUUUGAUAACAGAAACUUGCUCCUCCACACGCCGUCUGUUCUCGGCAACCUGUUGUGCAGAAUUCUGCGGCUGCACGGGAAUAUCACCUUCAGUCCCGGAAGUGUGGCCAAGUUCUGCUUCUAUCCACGCAAUCAACUCGUUUCGCGUAAGAGUCAAUGCAGCCAGUUUUGCGUUGUCGGUUAUCGGGGUAUCACCCGACGAUUUGGCCGUCCUUCUUUUCUUGACAACAUCAAGUAGCUGUUCCUCCUUUUUGAGGAGAAGCUUGGCGCGCAGGACUGAUUUCUGCAAUCGGUCUAGAAGCUCGUCAAGGCUCGACUUGGAGAGAGUCUUGUCUAGAACAAAGUUGGUCACGGCCUCGCUGGGAACGUCUGGGAGGGCCGGUGAACCCUCGAAUAUAACCUCGGGGUUCAGAAACUCGGACGAUGCAGCCGGCAUCUGAUCCAAUUGAGCAAGGCGUUUGGUGACGGCUUCCAGACGUUGCCGUUUCCUCUGUAGUUCAAGAGCGACGAGAUGGUCUGCAAGAAAGCCGACCGCCACCCCGUCGGGGGCAGGGGCUGGGGCAAUUGUGGACUUGCUAUCAUGUCGAGCUUUGAGAGCCUCCAACUCCUGCCGCGCCUUGACGUUGGCGUUGAGUGCUUCCAGGUAUUCCCUCUGGAGACCACGGCUUUCAGGGGGUAUUUUGACAGCGGCGGGCAGGUCAACAAGCGCCAGUGGAACCCGCUCGCUGGCUGCACCGUCGAGACUGGCGUUGAGAUGCGCCCCUAGUACCUUGCGAAUGUGUGCGGCUUCAUCUCGUGAUUUUAUGAAGGGUGCCAGGGCCUCCUGGGCCGCCUCCAUGUUUUUUUUAUCAAGACAGUGAAGUUGGACGAAUGAUGGAGUGGGUAUGUUUAAUGACGA